GGCGCCUCCUGCUCCCCGCACCGCUCUGCGCCGGUCCCGCGGACCCGAAGGUGGCCGCUGUGGUCGGUGGGCUCCCGCAGGCGCAGCGGCGCAGGCGGUGGGGCCCGGCAAGGGGCGCAGCGGAGCCUGGCGAGUCCGCGGAAGGCGAUGUUGCUGGGCGCGGGCCCCUGCGUAAGGCGGACGCCGCGACAGGCCGGCCGGUGAGGCGCCGCCUGGGGAGGCCGCGACGGAGCGCCUGGACCCGCCAUGGGCUGAGACACGUCCUCGCCGAGCAGAACAUGCCUCGGUGACCUCCUUCCCAGAUCUUCCUGGUGGCCUUCCUCGCCCUUCCCAGUGACACUAUGCAACCCCGGCGUGACCUGCGAGGCCUCUGGCUCUUGCUGCUCUCCUGGUUCCUGCUCCUCUGUGAGGUGGCCAGAGCUGGCCGGGCCCUGGUUAGCUGUCCUGCCGCCUGCCUGUGCGCCAGCAACAUCCUCAGCUGCUCCAAGCAGCAGCUGCCCAACGUGCCCCACGCCCUGCCCACCUAUACGGCUCUGUUAGACCUCAGCCACAACAACCUGAGCCGCCUGCGGGCGGAGUGGACCCCCACGCGCCUGCCCCACCUGCACUCCCUGCUGCUGAGCCACAACCACCUGAACUUCAUCUCCUCGGAGGCCUUUUCCCCGGUACCCAAGCUGCGAUACCUGGACCUCUCCUCCAACCAGCUGCGGACGCUGGACGAGUCCCUGUUCAGCGACCUGCAGGUGUUGGAGGUGCUGCUGCUUUACAAUAACCACAUCAUGGCCGUGGACCGCUCGGCCUUCGAGGAUGUGCCCCAGCUGCAGAAACUCUACCUGAGCCAGAACCAGAUCUCCCGCUUCCCCCUGGAACUGGUCAGGCUCCCCAAGCUGACGCUCCUGGACCUCUCCUCCAACAAGCUGAAGACCUUGCCCUUGCCUCAGCUGCAGGAGCUGCCCGCAUGGGUCAAGAAUGGGCUGUACCUGCAUAACAACCCCCUGCACUGCGACUGUGACCUCUACCAGCUCUUCGCGCACUGGCAGCACCGGCAGCUGAGCCCCGUUGUAGACUUCCAGGAGGACCUGCACUGCGUGAGCGCCAAGAAGCUGCACAGUGUCUUCAGUCUCAACUGCAGCGAGUACAAGGAGCAUGCCCGGGUGGCCUACCUGGGCGACACCUUGACCAUCCAUUGUGACACCAAGCAGCAGGGGAUGACUAAGGUGUGGCUGACACCCAGCAACGAACGCGUGCUAGAUGCGGGGGCCAACAGCACAGUGACGGUGUUCGAGAAUGGCAGUCUUCACUUCCAGCGGGUACAGGUCGAGGAUGGGGGUGUGUACACCUGCUACGCCACCGGGGAGGCUUUCAAUGAGACCCUGUCUGUGGAGCUGAAGAUACACAAUUUCACCAAGUACGGACACCAUGACACCCUCAACACAGCUUACACCACCCUCGUGGGCUGUAUCCUCAGUGUGGUCCUGGUCCUCAUAUACCUGUACCUCACCCCCUGUCGCUGCUGGUGCCGGGGUGUUGAGAAGCCUUCUAGCCACCAAGGAGACAGCCUUAGCUCAUCCAUGCUGAGUACCACACCCAACCACGAUCCUAUGGCCGGUGGGGACAAGGACGAUGGUUUUGACCGGCGGGUGGCCUUCCUGGAACCUGCUGGACCCGGGCAGGGUCAAAAUGGCAAGCUCAAGCCAGGCAACACCCUGCCGGUGCCUGAGGCGGCAGGCAAGGGCCAGCGGAGGAUGUCGGAUCCGGAGUCGGUCAGCUCGGUCUUCUCUGAUACGCCCAUUGUGGUGUGAGCAGGAUAGGUGGGUGGGGAGAUUGUGCCCCAGGAGAGGUAAUGCGCCCCUGAAGGAUUUGAGGGGAUGGAAGAGAGGUCUGGCUGCCCCAGGGAGUGGGUUCCCCCUGACCUCAAGAUAAUUGGUCACGGGUACAGCAGAAAGCAAGACCCCAGCCAGGGUGUGGCUGCCAUGAUUUUCAGAUACGGAUGUAUCAGUCCUCAGGCAAAUGCUACACCCCUCCCCAAAGCCCUGGCGUUUGUCAGUGUGGCGGAGGAGGAGGGGUGUGUCCGAGUUGGGUGGGAAUGAGGAGGGGGUGGGGGGAAGAGUAGAUUCCCUAAACUUUUUGAGAUCAUCCCUAGCUCCUUAAGAGAAAGUCAUUUGGGGGGAAAACAUCCCUUUUUUUCUAUUUCUGUCCACCCACACCUGUGAUGUUGGGUGUGUUGGGGGAGCUUCCACAGGGGCCACAUGCAGGGAGAGCUGUAGUGUCCUCUCUGGCCAGGAAGUCGCACCUCACAGCGGGGGAGAUUGGAAACCUUUGGGGAAAUGAGGCCGGAGAGGCUGAGACCUGCAGCGGACGCACACCCCCAAGCUGCUGCGGCGCUUCCCCGAUGCCUUCGUGUUUCCCAAGGCGCCUGGCCUGCUGCCUGUCAGAGGGCAGCGACGUGAGAUGCGGUGGCCGUGCUCUGUCCUGGGACCGGUGGCGCGGCGGGGUCCGCGGCAUAGGCGCAGCACAUGGCUUGUAGAUGGGGGUGAACUCCAGACUGACUCACAUCCCAGCUGGUGAAACCAGAUUAGCGUGUGGUCCCAGCACCUGUGUGUCAGGUCAGGGCGGGGGUUGCUGAAGGACGCCUGCCACCUCGUGUGAUGGGGGCCACUUGGCACACGCACGAGGAGGGUGCCUCAGCCCCCUCUUAGAUAGCACCCAGCGGGCCCCACCUGACUUAGCGGGUACACCAUCUCUUCAUUCAGCCUCCUUAUCGAGCUCGGGUGGGACCCUGGGCUUUCUCUGACGUACGGCUCUGCGGAGGGUAGCCCUGUAAAGUGGUCCCGGCUGGGCUGGACGGGGCUUGGGGAUGCGGAGGUAGGUGUCUCCCCUGUGUUGGUAGGGCUGCCUUGCUCCUCACAGAGAUCUCGCCCCUGCUGCCAAGCCAAAGCACGGGUCCGUCACCUGAGGGGUCAGAACUGUGGUGUCUGCCCAGCACAGCAGUUUGGUGUGGCUUCGAGUCCUGUGUCUCCACAAGGUUUCAGGCAGGCUUGCAACAGGCAGCCAGUGGCACUAAACCUUCAGAAGGGCAGCUCUGCCACCCCCGGCGCUUUCAGCCAGAGGUCUGUGCUGUCGCAGUUGCCAGGCCGGAGGAACUUAGAACAGGUCGCCAUUCCAUCCCAUCCAGGGUUACAGACUACUUAGGGCGCGGCGGCGGCCACCCCCUCGAACUUCUCCCCGUGACCGGUGUAAGCCGUGGGAUGGCUGCUCUGAGCUGUGUCGAGGGCACGAGCAGCGCAGAGGUGGAAAUGUUCUCUGUCGUUGGUCGUUUUCGGUCAGUCCCCUCUCGCCCACCAAGCUCCUUGUCCAGUGGGCGUUGCCCAGGUCUCCUGGUGUUCUAACCCAUGCUUUAAGUUCCAAGACAUGUCACAUCCCUGCGGGAGGAGAGCCGCUCACUAGAGGGCCUGACUCUGCUGGGGAAGGGGCCCGGGGCUCAACGUCUUCCCCCGUCCGCUCCUGGGAGGUCAAGGCCGCUGUCCAUCCUUUCUCAGUACCCAGUUUUGUCGAGAAGUGCCACGUUUCCCUCGAGCACUUGCAUGCGCGUAGGUAUGCAUGCGUCUGGGUGUGCAUGCACACGGCCCCUUGACCCUCAUCCGGACAGUGACUCCUCAGUCCCCACUGAGGGCCUUUCAGAAUGGUCUCCACCUGUGCGCGCAACUCGACGUGCGCAUUUUCUUGCCCUGUAGGAGACAGUGAUCGUGCCAGGCUCCCCAAAUAAACUCUUGUCCUUUGAAUUCAUUCCGAGGUCUCUGAAGCUUCACCCACGUCUCCGUGGCACACGAGUGCUCCUCAGGGCCUGGAGUUAGGAGAGCUGCAGGCUGACGGCCUCAGGAGAUGCGCAAUGAGCCAGCCAGUUCUUCAGGCCCUGGGAAACCUUCCUUGGAUUAAAGACAGUAGAUGAGGCAUAGAAAGACAGCUGGGGCAAGGGAGGACCCGGAGGAAAGUGGCAGGGGACCAAGCAGCUGUCAGUUGCCCUCCCUCUGUGAACUGCCCCAGUAGGACGGGAGCGGCGGGGGGAGAGGUGGUCUGGUUAGGUUCCAGAGGCCCGCAGGGAGAAAGGGGGCUCCCCUGCUCACUUUGCAGGGAGCCCGGGGAAGACUCAUCUCUGUGCUGGGGCGUCCCCUCAAGAAGCUACCUAGGGUCUGAAAAUCGCGGGUGAAUGUCAGAUAGAGCAGGCCGUCUGGGGCGUCCUAGCUGAGUUCUCGGGGUGAGGAGGCCAUUUUCUUCAGAAGUCUUACCCAAGCUGGGGAGUAAGAAAAGACCCCCAGACUGUAUGUCUCUUUCCUCUGUCCAGUGUGGCCCAAUCUGAGACACGGGUAGGGUGCCUGGCUGCCCACCCCUCCCAAAACAGACUGCAGGAUUAGACUCCUCCGUGGUUUCAGUACGUAGAACCCAAAGGUCGCCUUCUCCUUGGGGGACCAAGUUCUCAGCAUACGUACGCUCCCCAGAACCUGUGUAGGAAACUGCCCAGUGUGGUUCUAAGAACAGACUGAGAGAUCACCCCCCCCAUCCCUUCCCACACCCAUAAACCAGGCAUGGCUCCCAGGAAGCAGGUGUCCCUGGAGACAAUACGACAAGGCUCAACAGUCUAUGUGAUUGUGACCUCCUUUCUUUGCCUAGGGUUGCAGGGCGGGCUCCGAGGGAGGGGCCAGGAGAGGGUACGCCCCAGCUUGGGGAGCGCAAAGCCGACUGACCUGUCUUCUGUGUGCUCUCACCUCUGUGCUCCCCUAGAGCCCUGCUGGCAAAGCCAGCCGGCUCCCUGUGUCCAGGGCCCUGCUCCUCCCCGUGUACACCCACGCUGGCCAACCUUGCAGCCUCCGGGCUCUGAAAACUAGACAGCCAUCAUUAAACCUGGCUUGAGUCUCCUGUUCUGGCAUAGUGUGUGGCUGGUUUAUUUCUCUCUUCAGCCUGUGGGUGGGGGUCAUGGUACCUCAGAGGGUGUGGUCCGCGUAGGGAGAGAAUAUUUAAAUGCUGUUAUAAAGGCAUGUAAACAUGCACAUCCAGGCAUUAGGACUGACCAGUGGUCAGCAAACGUUUUCUAUAAAGACCCAGAUCAUCUGUUGGGCUUUGCAGCCCGUAGUCUGUGUGACAGCCACUCAGCAGCGCCCGAUGCAGCAGGAAGUCACACACA